GAGGGAAAUAGGGGCCGAUCCAUAAAUUUGUUCCGUGAUUCAUUCAUUCCUCUCUUUGUUCCCCUUUCCCCAGGUGUCAUCUCUCAGGUGCAGCUGGUCCAGACCGGCCUGGGGACGGUGAAAGCUGGAGAGACCCUCAGUAUCACCUGUAAAGUCUCUGGAGUCUCCGUCAGCAACUACUAUUGGAGCUGGGUCCGGCAGCCCCCUGGGAAAGAGCUGGAGUGGAUGGGGUUUAUCCGACACACAGUUAACGGGGGGACCACAGAGUAUAACUCGGCUUUCACACCUCGUGUCACCAUCACCAGGGACACCUCGAAGGAUGAAGUUUAUCUCCAGCUCCGCUCGCUGACAACUGCAGACACCGGCACCUAUUACUGUGGCCGCCACACACAAUGCCCAGUGCCUGUGCAGCUGGUCCAGUCCGGCCCAGGAGCGGAGAAGCCCGGAGAGACCCUCACCCUGACCUGUGCUGUCUCCGGGUUCUCCAUCACUACUCAGCAUUACCAUUGGCACUGGCUCCGGCAGCCCCCUGGGAAAGGGCUGGAGUGGAUGGGGUAUGUGUACCCAUACAAUAGCGGGGAGACAGGCUACGCCCCGUCUCUCCAAGGCCGAGUCACCAUCUCUGCAGACACGGCCAAGAACCAGUUCUCCCUGCAGCUCCGCUCGCUGACAGCUGCAGACACCGCCACCUAUUACUGCACCAGGAGGAGAAAUUACACAGUGACACAGAGCAAAGCAGGGACUGGUACAGAAAGGAGAAGCUGUUUCCAUGCAGACAUUGAGAGAGCUUUAAUGCACCAUGCAUUGCAUCAGCUCCCUGCCGGGUAGGAAAGUAAAACAGGGUUUUAUCA